AUGUCCCUCGCUUCCCUGCUAGUUCUGUGGGCGUGGGCGGGCGUGGGCGUGGCUCAGGACGCCCGUGUGGAGGUGGAGCUCCGUCAGGGUCGCAUUUCCGGUGCCAGCGAGAGGGCCGGCUGGGGAGGGCGGUGGUACGGCUUCAGGGGCAUCCCUUACGCUAUGGCACCUGUGGGGGACCUGCGAUUCAGGGCGGCCGGAUCAUGGACGGGCGUGAGGAACGGGUCCCUGGCGCCCCCAGUGUGCCCCCAGGUCGACGCCACUCCCGGGGAAGGUGGUGAGGCGGUGGUCAGCGGGGAGGAGGACUGCCUCUACCUCAACGUCUUUACGCCAGGGCCCUUCUCCUCGGACUUGCCUGUGAUGGUGUGGAUCCACGGGGGGGCCUUCCUGGUGGGGGGCACUAGGGAGUACGGCCCCCUCCCCCUCCUCACCAGGGACGUGGUACUGGUGACGCUGCAGUAUCGCCUCGGCACUCUAGGAUUCUUAUCCACGGAGGAUUCUGCACUUCCCGGUAACCUCGGCCUGAAGGACCAGACGAUGGCUCUCCGCUGGGUCAGGGACAACAUCCGUGACCUCGGCGGCGACCCAGACAAGGUCACGAUCUUCGGUCAGGGCGCCGGGGCUGCCUCCGCGCAUUUCCAGGUGCUGAGUCCACAGGCUAAAGGCUUGUUCCGUCGUGCAAUCUUGCAAUCUGGCAAUGCACUUAGUCCCUGGGCACUGAGGAGAGAUCACAGACAAACAGCCUCUGUACUUGACCAAGUGUUCAACUGUUCAGCGGCGAAGAACAUUUCGAAUAACAACUCUUCUCUCUCCACACCUGUCGACCUGAACAGCACUGCCCUGGUCGACUGCCUGAGGACGAUUCCUUUUCAACAACUCGUGGUUAUUCCGUCGGCCUUUGUGAAGUGGCUCAGCAUCCCCCAGGUGAUGACCCCCCGCGUGGAUGGGGCCUUCCUGCGCGCCCACCCAGCCUCGCUCUUGCAAAGUGGCCUUUAUAACGAAGUCGAUCUCAUCUCUGGAGUGACGGAAGUCGAGGCUGCUCUGCCCGCCCUUGUUGCGACUCUCGACAACCCCGCCCUAAAGGAGGCCUUACUGGACGAUUUCGCUUCAGUCGCGCCGGUACUUCUCGGCCUGGAGGGGGAGGAGGACCCUUUACCGCUGGCGAGGUCGGUCUUUGGCUCUUACCUUCCCGGAGCGCAGAUUAACAAGGGCACGGUUCGAGGUCUGGCACAGCUUAUUAGCGACGGGGCGUAUAAUGUACCAAACGCCGAAUUGUUGCGACUCCAUUGCAAGCGCGGGACAGGAAAAGUAUUUACAUAUCGCUUGCAACAUCGUGGUCUUGUUGGUGCAACCGAUCUCUUCAAUAGCUCCGUUGGAUAUAUGUGGGUUAGUAACGGCGACGAUUUGAAGUACCUGUUCCGUGGAGGUCUUAGCCCGAACACGACUUCAAGCACAACCUUAAGGACGACCUUCCCUACCCUGGAGGCCAAGGCGGACCAGCGACUGAGUAACAUGAUGGUGCGGCUGUGGACCAACUUCGCCGCGACGGGAUACCCGACGCCCGACCCUUUCUUAGGCUUCAUGUGGGCGCCCGCGUGCCAGCCCACCCUUCCCUACCUCAGCCUUACGCCCGCGCCCUCGAUGUUCACGGAUGGAAACGCUCGGGAACCAGAUCCUACGUCAGGAGUCCUUCAGCCCCGCCCCCUGGAGGCCGGAAUGGGCGGGGCAAGGCUCCUCCUCCUGCGGGAGAUGUUCUUCGGGUUUAUUCGACUUGCUUUUCGGACGUCGGGGACGCUCGCACCGGGAAUAUAG